AUGUCUGAUCUCGACGUCCAGAUCCCAUCCACCUUUGGUAAACCCACAGUUUGAUUGAUUAAUCUUUUUUUCUUCCCCCGUCAUUGUGGAUAACAGUUUCUCUCCAUUGUUUUCCGGCUCAGAUCCGUUUGCUGAUGCAAACGCUGAGGACUCCGGUGCGGGUUCAAAAGAGUACGUCCACGUCCGCGUACAGCAGCGGAAUGGCAGGAAGAGCCUGACGACCGUUCAGGGACUGAAGAAAGAGUAUAGCUACAACAAGAUCUUGAAGGACCUCAAGAAGGAGUUCUGCUGCAAUGGCACCGUCGUUCAGGACCCUGAGCUCGGCCAGGUAAUCAGACAGAUCCAUGUUGGUGCAGAAUCUUCCGACCGAGGAUGGAUCAUCAGCUGGUUCUUGGGGGUGAUGGAUCAUCUUUGGCCUGCCCACAAGAUUGCUACUUGUAUGAUCAGCAGAUGAUCUUUGACCUGCUGUGCAGGUAAUCCAGCUGCAAGGUGAUCAGAGGAAGAACGUCUCCACUUUCCUCGUUCAGGUAUGUAUCAUCUCUCUACUAGGCGAGAAUAAAUGAUCUAGAGUAUGAUCCAACCAUAGUAAAACGCAUACAUGUAUCAAUUUAUUUUUGGGCUUUCCAGGCCGGGAUAGUGAAGAAGGAGAACAUCAAGCUUCACGGUUUCUAG